AUGUCGUUCUCCCUCAAAAUAGAGGCGCAGAUCUUGCUCUCACACUGGGAUCGUCACUCGAGAACUUUUCGCCAUCCCUCCAUCGCCCUAAAAUUGUCAAGGUCGAGGAACCUACACGAACAGGAUCCAGACAGGCUCCCGGAUGUGGAGACCGAGAAUGCGAUCAACCUUAUGAAAGAAAAUUUCACCCAGCAAAUUGCAGUCACGGUGUACAACAAAAUUUUUAGCCACAGCUGGAAUAGCCCAACUUUACCUCGUUUGAAUCAAGAGACUGGUGGCUGGGUUGUUGAGGAAAAUAACAUGUUCCAGCACGGUAGCCGUGCAUCAGCGGUUUUUGAGUUGCCUGCGCGCUCAUCACACAUCACUACCCAUCAUGCUAGGACAGUGCCUACCACUCCCUGCUGCUCCCAUCACAAAUAUCAACAUCAGCGACACCCUGACCAGCCCAUCCACACCAGUCAUUCCACGCUGGCUACACAUGCACUAGCCCCUUCUCUCAACACUAAUCGCUCAGAGGAACGUACUAGUAGUCGGUCCCGCCAGCGAGUACAUUUCGAUAUCCAAAGUUUGCCAGUGUCACCUCCCUCAGCGCCUCGCCUUCAGCCAGCACCACCUCCCUCAGUGCCUUGCCUUCGGCCAGCACCACUUCCCCCAGUGCCUCGUCUUCGGCCAGCGCAAGCUUCCUUAGCGCCUCGUCUUCGGCGAGCACCAGGUCCCUCAGUGCGCUCGCCGAUUGUUAUUGUUGAGUCAGAGACAGAAACAUCAGAAGAGGAUUCCGAACAAGACAACAGGCGCCGCAAUGAAGAUGCUGACACACAUGCGGUCUCAGCAUUGUCUCAGGAUGUGUCAAUGUCUGAACUUCAUACUGGAGCACACACUAAUACUCAAAUGAAUGAUGUAUUUUAUGGUGCUCCUCCUCCGUACCAUGCUGAACCUGGUACACCUGUAUUGCAAGGAAUCACAGGAGUACAAGGAACGUACUCUGUGACUAUCAAUGGUGUUGUGCACCUGAUGCACAUCGACCGAGUGAGAAACUGA